AAGAAAAAAAAAUGUUACCUUAUAAAAGUUACGUUGUAUGGAACAACAAGGGAGGAACGGGCAAAACAACUUUGGUAUUCCAGCUGUCAGCUGAAUAUGCAAAGCUACACCCGACAGAACAAGUAGUGGUGAUAGAUAUGUGUCCACAGGCAAAUGUUUCUACAGCUUUACUUCCAAAAAACUAUAAUCCUUUUUUUGCACCGCAGCCUGGAGAGCAAACUGUUUCGACAGUAUCUCAAUUUAAAAAUGUUAUGAUAGGAUCGUCGGGAAUGACAUAUGAAUCGACAAUCUGUGGCUAUCUUAUGGCGAAGCUAGAUAGGCAUGAUACUGUAAAGGGGACGAUUCCGUUCAGUUCAUUUCUUCAUCAUGUUAUAAAGUACAACAAAUAUAUUCCAAACAAUGUCUUUCUUUUAUGUGGUGACCUGUAUCUUGAAGUUCUUUCUAAAAGACUGGAACAGGAAAGACAAUUACUACCUACAAACUACGAUAAACCAUGGAAAAGAGUUACCCUUUACAUUAAAGACUUCAUUGAAGGUCUGAUUUCGAAUGAUCCUUUACAUACGUAUACUUUUUUCAUAGAUACGAGCCCUUCUUUUUCAAUUUACACAGAAAUGGCAAUUAGUGCUGCCAAACGUCUAAUUGUACCAUUCACGGCUGACGAUUUUUCUUUGACAGCUUUAAAAUCUAUGCUUUAUCUCGUAUAUGGAUAUGAGAGUGAAUAUAAUAGACGACUAGAUAGUUUUAAAGAAUCACAGUAUUUUUGGUUAGCAAAACAUCACGAAAUAAUGUAUCCGAAGUUACACCUGUUUGUUAAUAAUCGAGUAACAUUCUAUAAAGAUAAACCCGCUGUCGCAUUUGCAGCAAUAGGUGUUGAAGUUGGUCAAAUUUUGAAAAAUGUUUACACUAACCGUUCUGAAAUAUUUGAAAUGCAUGUGCAGUUCGCAGAAUAUCCUCUAAAUCCUGAUCCCAUUGGACCUUUUAGAAGGAGAUAUAUGAUUGACUUACACGACUUUCACACCAUGGGAAUACUCUCUAUACAUCUUGGCUGUCCUAUUUCACAACUUCUACCCAUUGCCUAUGAUCUGUUUGGUAGAACAGUUUUAAAAGUUCCUGAAAAUCAUCCUGGUUUAAAUUCAUACAAUAAGGAUAUUUUUGAUAUAGUUAAAAUGCUAUAAGAGAUUUUGCGGCAGCAUAAGCUAAACAAUUAUUCAUUUAUGAAUCUGUUGAAAGGGCUUUCGCUUUACAAUUGUUAAUUUAUUAAUCUGUUUAUGACAUGUUCGAUCGGUUUAAUUCGUUUUUCAUUUACUGAUUAGAACCCACAUCAAUUUGGCAAAAAAAAAAAAAAAAAAAAAAGUCCGCAAAAUUCUCAACGAAACCUAAAUGUGUUUUCCGCCGAAUAGAGAAAUUCUUUCCGAAUCUAGGUUGAACAACUUCACAAUGUAUUUCUAAUAUAUAUAAAAAGAUAAACAGCUCUCUCAAAAGAUAAUAGCCCAUUAGAAAUUGAACUAAUGAAAAUUAUAUUGACAUUUGACAAAUUAUAUCUAUAUUUUCAGCAAAAUUUGAUGUGUUUUUAGGAAUAGUAAUAACCCUUAGUACUUCCAUCUGAUCGUCAGUCCGUCUGCCUGUCCAUUUGUCUUGUAAGUGAAAGACCACAAAUGUUGAUGAAAUGUUUCACAGUUGUCGAACACUAGCUACUUGAUGAUAUGAUGAUCAUAAAGGCGUAUUAAUCAGGCAAAAAUAAAAAAAAUAAAAAAGAUAACUAACGUUAUUAACUGAAAAUCUUAUCGUAUUGUGGCGUGGGGAUCCCCUUUUUUAGUUGACUCAAAUGUAGUGUCAAUAGAACAUAUUUGAUGUUCUUCUUUUUGUAUGUUCUAUAAAGGAUUCUCUAUUUCGUGAAAGUUUUCUUCAAGUACCCCACCAAGCUUUGAACUACAAAAAGAGGCAAGAGUUUUUUUUGUCAUUUCAACUUUUAUUGAGAGAC